AUGGCCCUGCAGGAACUCAGGCCUGUUUUUAUUUCACAGAGGUCUCCAGUGCAAACCAGGGACCGGAAUGUUUUCAGGGAUGGCGUGACUCGUAUCGAUUUCGUCUUGGUGUGGGAGGAGACUGUCUCUGGGCAGAAGGACGAGGCGGGCGGAGUCAGCACCUCAUCCCGGGACCUCCACAGGAAGUGGAGAGAGGACUUCCUGUUCAGGCUGAGAGGGACGGGUCUCCUACAUGAGCGGAGAGAAGUUGUGAAAGCCAAGAAGAAGGUGUGCUACGUUCUGCUGAGCGCCCCCUGGAGCGUACUGUGUUUCUACGCUGAAGAACUCAGCCUGCGAGUUCCACUGCAGGUUGUCGCCACGGCUGAUUCCAACUGGUCUCAGCGGCUUCUGGAAAAGCUGUCCAUCCCAAAUCCAAUGGCUCAUGAGGUCCCCAACCCACCGCCUGACCACUACACCUGCCAGUUCAGAGCCGACAAGCUGGACAGGUUCGUAGGCAGUGACAACAAGGAGACUUUCUUCAAGACAACCCAGAGACACCGGGUGGUGUAUGAGAUCUUGGCCAGGACUCCAUAUGGAGUGGUGAAAAAAGGAGAGGUGGGAAUAGAUCGUCUGCUGAACGAACACGUUUUCACCGCUGCUUUCCCACUACAUGAGGGUCCUUUUGAGUUACCAGAGGUCCCAGUUCCCCCCCAGUAUCUGAGUCUUAGGCAGGUCUUGUUUAGGUACUGGGCCCAGUGGUCCUGCUGGAGGUGCUACCAGCCACUGGACCACAUCAGAGAGUACUUUGGAGAGAAGAUAGCGCUCUACUUUGCCUGGCUGGGUUUCUAUACUGGCUGGCUUCUCCCAGCAUCUCUGGUGGGAACUCUGGUCUUCUUGUUUGGAUUCUGGAUCAUGGCCACCGAUGUCCCGGCUAGAGAAUUGUGUAACAGCGGGGAUCAGUUCAUCAUGUGUCCGCUGUGUAACAUCUGCUCCCUCUGGAACCUCUCCAGCAUCUGUCUCACUUACAAGGCUGGUCUGCUAUUUGAUAAUGGAGGGACAGUCUUCUUCAGUGUCUUCAUGUCUCUGUGGGCCGUCUCCUUCCUGGAAUACUGGAAGAGGACCUGCUCCGCUCUCACGCACCGCUGGGACUGCUCCGACUUUCAGGAUGUCGAGGAGAGACCUCGGCCAGAGUUCACAGCAAUGGCUCCGAUGACGAUGAGGAACCCAGUGACCGGGGCAGAGGAGCCGUACUUCCCCAUAAACAAGCGACUGAACCGAACCUUGACUGGCUGCAUGGUCAUCAUCAUUAUGGUUAGCGUCGUGUUGAUGUGUGUCAUUGCCAUCAUCCUGUAUCGGACCAUCCUGAGCAUCACCAUCUACAAGACCAGACAGAGCUUCUUCAUGUUUUCUGCAGGGAAGAUCGCCAGUAUUUCAGGCUCGGUGUUGAACCUGCUGGUGAUUCUCAUGUUGUCCAGGGUCUACACCUCUCUGGCCCACAUCCUCACCCGCUGGGAAAUGCAUCGCACGCAGAGCAAGUAUGAAGACAUGUUCAUCCUCAAGGUCUUCAUCUUCCAGUUCGUCAACUUCUACUCAUCUCCCAUCUACAUCGCCUUCUUCAAGGGCAGGUUCGUCGGUUAUCCGGGAACAUACAACACGCUAUUUGGAAUCCGCAACGAAGAUUGCGGGGCGGGAGGAUGUCUCAUUGAACUGGCUCAGGAGCUGCUGGUCAUCAUGGUUGGAAAACAACUGAUUAACAACAUCCAGGAGUUUAUCUUCCCGAAGCUGAAGUCUUGGUGGCAGAGGAAGGAGCUGCACCCCUUGCAGGAGGAGCUGAUGAAGGAGGCCCAGCAGAUGGAGAGUCCUCCCUGGGAGACAGACCACCGGCUGCUGGUCUGUGAGGGACUCUUCAGUGAAUACUUGGAAAUGGUUCUACAGUUUGGUUUCAUCACCAUCUUCGUGGCGGCGUGUCCGCUGGCGCCCCUCUUUGCUCUGAUUAACAACUGGAUCGAGGUGCGUUUGGACGCCCACAAGUUUGUGUGUGAGAACCGGCGCCCGGUGGUGGAGCGUGCUCAGAACAUCGGCAUCUGGUUCCCAAUCCUGCAAGUUAUAACACACAUCGCAGUCCUCAGCAACGCCUUCCUGAUUGCCUUCACCUCGGCCUUCGUUCCUCGGUUGUAUUACAGCUACAGCAGGCAGAGUGACCUGUCAGGUUUCAUCAACUUCACACUUGCCACCUCCCCGACCAGCUACAGCCUGCAACACACAACCUGCAGGUAUCGUGGUUACAGAGACCAACACGGUCGGUACAUCUCAGAAUACUUCCACCUGCUGGCCAUACGCUUGGCCUUCGUCAUCAUUUUUGAGCAUGUGGUGUUCUUCAUUGGACGUCUGAUUGACCUGAUGGUGCCAGAUGUACCUGAGGAGGUGGAGCUGAAGAUAAAGAGGGAGCAUUACAUGGCCAAAGAAGCUCUGGCAGAGAACCAGUCUUACAGAAAAACGUCAGUCCCAGAAGAAAGGAUGGAAAACGCCACCGAGCUGCGACAACGCAGAUCCACGCCUGCCCAGACCGUCUCUGAAGACCAUGAAGGAGGAGAGGAGUCCCAGGAGGCCAGCAAGCUGUAGAACCUGU